AAUAUGAUAAAACAUUUCAGUAUAUAAUCAAGUUGUUAGCUUGAAUGUUUCUUCGCAAAAUAAAAGUUAGAAAUUUUUUUUUUUUUCUGUGUUUAAAUAAUAAUUAAUAAUGACAACAAAACUAAUGUUAUAUGCUGCAUUGUCAGGUAAUUUGGGUAUUCUUGCAUGUGGACUUUUUCUUGGAUGGACAUCACCAGCAUUUUCAUUAUAUGAAAAAGAUAAUAUUAUAAAAUUAAGUGGAAAUGAAAAGUCAAUGAUUACAUCACUGUUGCCAAUUGGUGGUAUAUUUGGAUGUAUUUUAUCAAUUAUUUCGACAAAUAAAAUUGGAAGUAAAUGUACAAUGCUUGCAACAGUUUUUCCAGUCAUAACAAGCUGGCUUAUCAUUGCAUAUGCAACAAAAUCUUGGGAAAUUUGUUUGUCAAGAUUUCUAGCUGGAGUAUCAAUUGGUGCUGGAUAUGUUGCAACUCCAAUGUAUCUUGGUGAAAUAUCACCACCAAAUAUACGUGGUAUUGUCUUGACUUGUAUUCAAAUUGCUGAAAAAACUGGUAUAUUAAUUGAAUAUUCAUAUGGACCAUUUUUAUCAAUAAAAUAUGGUGCAUUGAUAUCUUUAUUAUUUCCAAUAUUAUUUUUUUUAUCAUUCAUGUGGCUUCCUGAUUCACCAUAUUAUUUAAUCCGCUGGAAUUUACACAAAGAUGCUAAAAAAUCAUUAAUUAAAUUACGCGGUAAUAGAAAAAAUAUAAAUGAUGAAAUGGAGAGCAUUGAAAAAUCAAUAAAUAUUGCUGAUACAAGUGAUGGAUCAUUUAAAGAUAUAUUAUUAGUAUCAAAUAAUAGAAGAGCACUUGUAAUAUCAAUAACAUUAGUUGUAAUACAACAAUUAACUGGUACACAAGUAAUAACAUCAUAUGCUGAAAUAAUAUUUGAUCAAGCAUCAGUUGAUAUUGAAGGAAAAUACUUAACGAUAAUACUUGGUAUUUUAACAAUUAUUUGUACAAUAAUAUGUGCAUUAUUUGUUGAUAAAAAAGGACGUAGACCAUUGUUAAUAAUAUCAAGUAUUGGAUGUUGUUUAUCAAUGACAUUACUUGGUAUUUAUUUUAAUACUAAAUUAUUUAUAACAAUUCAUUAUUAUUUUAAUUGGCUACCAGCUAUUGGAAUUAUGUUAUUUUCAAUAUUUUAUGCAAUUGGUCUUGCAUCUUUGCCUUUUACAAUGAUGGGUGAACUUUUCGCUAACAAUAUUAAAGCAAUUGGUUGUUCAAUUGUUAUUAUCAUUGCUAGUUUUUCAUUUGCAUUUGUUACAUUUACAUUUCCAAUGAUUUUAGAUCAAUUUGGCUUACAUGUUGCAUUUUAUAUUUAUGCUGUUUCAAGUGGAUUUGGUACAUUUUAUAUUUAUUUUUAUGUACCUGAAACAAAAGCCAAGUCUUUACAACAAAUUCAAGAUGAGCUACAUUCAAUUAAAUACUAAAAUACCAUUUAAAUAUUUUUUUUUUUUCAAUACU